CCCGGCGCGGCCCGAGCCGAGCUCCUGGAGCCUGACCGACCUCCAGUCCAGUGGACUCGGCGCUGUCCGCUCCUCCCUGUCGCCAGCUCCGGGCCGCUACUGCGACAUCAUGGCUGACGACAAAGAGAAGAAGAAGAGGAAGAAGAAGAAGGAGGGCGAUGAGGCCGAAGCAGCCCCUGCCCCUGCCCCGGAGCCCGCGAAGCCGGCCUCGGCCAAGCGGUCCAGCGGCAAGAAAUCCAGCAAGAAGGCUGGCAGCAGCGUCUUCUCCUGCUUCUCCCAGCAGCAGGUGAACGAGUUCAAGGAGGGCUUCCAGAUGAUGGACGCUGACAAGGACGGCAUCCUCAACAAGAGCGACAUCCGGAGCUCCUUCGACAUCAUCGGCAAGAUCGUCUCUGACAAGGAGCUGGAGGAGAUGCUGGCCGACGCGCCCGGACCCAUCAACUUCACCAUGCUUCUCUCGAUGUUCGCCAGCCGGCAGUCCGGUGAGGCCGACGACGACGACGUUAUCGUCAGCGCCUUCAAGGCCUUCGACGACGGCGACGGCACCAUCAACAGCGACAGCUUCCGGCACUCGCUGCUGACAUGGGGCGAGAAGUUCACGCCCAAGGAGGUGGACGAGGCGUUUGAGCAGUUCGACAUCGAUGACCAGGGCAAGAUCGACCUGGGAGGCGUGUUAGAUCUGCUCGUCGGAGGCAAGAAGGAGGAGGAGGCGGAGGCGGCCUAAGAUCCGCUCCAGCACAUUUCCACGUACCCGGUGGCCCGCAGCCGGCCGCCGUUCACCCGUCAUCCCGGCGGUGGCGCGGCCGGGAGGCCUCCCCAGCAGGUGGCGCCACCGGCGCCCGGCGGGAGGAGGAGCUCCCAGCCCGCUGCUACCACCUGGCGGCUGCGGACUACUCCGUCGCUUCGCCCGGCUGAAUUUGUGACCAUCGCAAGGGAACCCAGGCCGAACCUUUCAAUCGGUGCUCAGGACUUCGUGUCUUAUUGAAAGUGUUACGCGGGCCCGCGACAUAAAUUCUACGAUCCCAUC